AUGGAAAAAAGAUCACAAGAAUCUAAAUGUUAUUGUAUUACAGGAAUCACCGUUGGUAUACAAGAUUCUGAUAUUAAAGGUCAAGGGAAUGUCAAAGAACCAGAUUUACAAACUAAAUUCAAAAAAUCUAAAGUUGUAACUGAUUUGAUACAUGACUUUAAUAUGAAAUAUAUUAAAGGAACGAGAAAACUUGGAUACAAGCAAAAUUCAAAUGACUCUCCAGCACAUUAUAAUUUGGAAGAUAAAAUUGAUGAAGAUAGAAGUAUUGACGAAGAUAGAAAUGUUGAUGAAAAUAGAAACAUUGAUAAUGAUUGUAAAGAGUGCGAAACUAUGAAAAUUAAGUUCAAGACAAUAUUAGACAAAAUUAGAGAUUUAUUUUCAACUGGUUAA